AAAAACAACCUCGGACAAACGGGAAGUGAUUCAGGAAGUAGUUUUGACAUCGAUAUAGGAAUACGAGCACGGUUUUAGCAGACAAAUUAAUAAAAUAUAACUUGUAACCUACCUGUACAACGCUGUAAUACAACACACCAUGUCUAGGCAGUCCAACAGAUCCACCGAUAGCAAGAAGAUGAAUUCUGAACUGUUUACUCUCACAUAUGGAGCCCUGGUCACUCAACUAUGUAAGGACUAUGAGAAUGAUGAGGAAGUCAACAAGCAGCUUGAUAAAAUGGGUUACAAUAUUGGAGUGCGUCUCAUCGAGGACUUCUUGGCUCGCUCCAGUGUAGGCAGGUGUCACGAUUUCCGAGAAACAGCUGAUGUCAUUGCAAAGGUAGCCUUCAAGAUGUACUUGGGCAUUACCCCCAGUGUGACCAACUGGAGCCCUGCUGGAGAUGAGUUCUCCCUCAUCCUGGAAAGUAACCCCCUGGUGGACUUUGUGGAGCUUCCAGAUAACCACAGCACUCUAAUCUACUCCAACUUGCUCUGUGGAGUGCUGAGAGGAGCUCUGGAGAUGGUUCAAAUGGCAGUGGAUGUGCGAUUUGCUCAAGACACACUAAGAGGAGACAAUGUGACAGAGAUCCGUAUGAAGUUCAUCAAGAGGAUUGAGGAAAACUUGCCUGCAGGAGAUGAAUGAGGCUGUUGUGAUGUGUUAGUGCUGGAGCAGCGCUGGCCUCUUGGACCUGAGAGACUUCGAUCAUGAAGUUUUGGUGGGAACCACAGACCUACAGUUCAGUCAAAAGAAACAGUACAAAGAAAAAAUCAGCUGAGCUCGUUUCUCGUUCCUCAGGCAUUGAAAUACAGUACAUCCUCACUCAUCUUUUGUAUUUUUUUUGUCUUUUUGGUUAAGGCAAUUAAAACCACCUGAGACUUUUUUAAUCUUUCCUAACUCAUUAGAUUUAAAGCUCUGUUCAAAAUUUCAAGAAACAAAAUUCUCCAGCCCUUGCUGUCACUUGGAAAGUUCAUAUUGUUGAUGUAACGGAUGAUUGCUGUUCUUUAAAACUGAAAUGCCCUCUCCUAAUAUGUGAUAAAACAUUUUAACUUACAUCCAGUGUUUACUCACAUUUGUAAUGGGAAAAAAACAGUACCAAAGCUAGAGAAAUUAUUCACCAGACUGUUUCUUUAUUUCUGCAUCGUAGAUUUGCUGAGUGAAGGAAACAGAGGAAGUGUGUGCAGGCUUAUUUUAAUUUGGAUUGUAAUGUACAGUGUAUCCCCUCUAACUAGGGUUAUCUUUAUCUUCUCUCUUGGCCCCACAUUGGAAAAAAUUUCAGACUUGUGGAAUUUGCAUCUCAUAGUUUGGCGUACCUUGUAAAAAGCCAUGUGUGUCCUUUCUUUGGUUUUGUUUCUGUUGUAAUUUUUUUAAUUCUUUUUUUGGUUAGUCAUGUAAAGGAUAUAUGGCACAUGUGAGUGUAUUUAUUUACAAAUCAAAUGUAAUAAAUUA